GAGCCAAACUUCGGCAAAGAGUCCAGCUACUUUGACCGAGAGAUUGCGCAGCUUUCCGAAGUGAAGGCGGGUGCGGCAAUGGUGAAGGAUGGCGAGCCCUUCAAGUUCCGGUCUGGUGCCGUCUACAAGGGCCAGUGGAAGAACGGCAUGCGAGAAGGCAUUGGAAAACAAACCUGGCCAGAUGGUGCCAGCUUCGUUGGUCAGUGGGUUGCCAACAAGGCCCAAGGAAACGGUCAGUUCCUGCACAGCGACGGAGACAUUUACAUUGG